AUGCAGACUCCAAUGGCUUCUACAAGAGGUUCUAGUGCGUGGCCUGACAGAGCAGUUCCUCGCCUUACUGAAGAGAGCGCGCCAUGGGUUGACACAAAAUUGAAGUUCACUCUUGAACCAUCUUUAGGUCAAAACGGUUUUCAGCAGUGGCAUGAUGCACUCAAAGCAGUGGCCAGAUUGCCGACCGGCAUACCAAAAGAAUGGCGGAGAAAGGUUUGGCUGACCCUAGCUGAUCAGUACUUACACAGUAUAGCCAUUGACUGGGAUAAAACCAUGCGUUUCACAUUCAAUGAAAGAAGUAAUCCUGAUGAUGACUCUAUGGGCAUCCAGAUAGUAAAGGACCUUCACCGAACUGGUUGCAGUUCUUACUGUGGCCAGGAGGCAGAGCAAGAUCGAGUGGUUCUAAAACGUGUUCUGCUGGCUUAUGCCAGGUGGAAUAAAUCUGUUGGCUAUUGUCAAGGAUUUAACAUACUAGCUGCACUUAUUCUGGAAGUAAUGGAGGGCAAUGAAGGGGAUGCCCUGAAAAUCAUGAUUUACCUGAUUGAUAAGGUGCUUCCUGAUAGCUAUUUUGUCAAUAAUCUCCGUGCUCUUUCUGUGGAUAUGGCUGUUUUCCGAGAUCUUUUACGAAUGAAGCUUCCUGAACUGUCCCAGCACUUAGACACCCUGCAAAGAGCUGCUAACAGAGAAAGUGGAGGAGGCUACGAACCCCCACUUACAAAUGUCUUCACAAUGCAGUGGUUUCUGACCCUCUUUGCCACUUGCCUGCCUAACCAUACAGUUCUGAAGAUCUGGGAUUCAGUAUUCUUUGAAGGCUCUGAAAUUAUACUGAGAGUAGCCUUGGCUAUCUGGGCAAAGCUAGGAGAGCAAAUAGAGUGUUGCGAAACUGCGGAUGAGUUUUACAGUACCAUGGGCAAACUGACCCAGGAGAUGCUGGAAGACAAUCUGAUUGACAGCAAUGAACUCAUGCAGACUGUUUAUACCAUGGCUCAGUUUCCCUUCCCACAACUGGCAGAAUUAAGGGAGAAAUACACGUACAACAUUACUCCUUUCCCUGCAACAGUAAAAUCAAGUUCACUUUCAGGAAGGCUAAGCAGAACCAGGGACAGUGAUGAGGAGAAUGACCUGGAUGAUGAGGACUCAAUUGCCAAUGCAAUUGGCUGUCUUGGACCAUUAAGUGGGUUUUUGGCACCAGAGCUCCAAAAAUACCAAAAGCAGAUGAAAGAUCAGAACGAAGAACAAAGUCUUGGUUCCAGUAACAUUGCAGAAUUAAGUCCAGGAGCAAUAGACUCUUGCCGAAGCGAGUAUCAUGCUGCUUUUAACAGCAUGAUGAUGGAGCGUAUGACCACUGAUAUUAAUGCACUGAAAAAGCAAUAUUCCAGGAUAAAGAAAAAGCAGCAACAGCAGGUUCACCAUGUGUAUAUCAGAGCAGACAAAGGGCCAGUUACCAGCCUCCUCCCUUCUCAGGUAAAUCAUUCCCCAGUGAUAAACCACCUCCUUUUAGGAAAGAAGAUGAAAUUGAAUAACAAGUCUCUCAAAAAUGCUGUUAUUCACAUCCCAAGUCAUGCUACAGGGAAGAUGUCUCCCAUUCCCCAAGAAGAUCUUAAAACAAAACUGAACUCUCCAUGGCGCACUCACAUAAGAGUGCAUCGAAAGAAUAUUGCAAGGGGCAAAAGCCAACUGGGCUAUGGGGAUACCAUAGGACUAAUUGAUGAGCAGAGUGAGAGCUGUAAAACAAAUAGUCCUGGUGCAAAGGAGGAGACUUCCAAACAUUCUGACGUUGGAGAAGCAGAAGGAGGUGGUUUGGAUGACAGGACUACUCGAAAAACUGACCAGCAGUCAUCUGAGCCAGCCUCUAUGGACAGCAGUGUAAACAUGUCAAUGGUUCAGCUAAAACUAGAAGCACUGGAACUUGCCUCAGAUAGUAAAACUGAUGCUGAGUCAACACCCCAUCAGUUCAGCCAGCCGUGUUUAUCAGAGUCCUCCCGUUCAUCUAGUGACUCUGGAAACUUGGCUAAAUCUCCCCUCCCCGGGAACCCAAAGCCACAAGUCUUCAAUCCUUUUCCCAGUGUCAAGCCUCUUCGAAAGUCAGCUACAGCCAGGAAUUUAGGGCUGUAUGGCCCCACUGAAAGAACACCAACUGUCCACUUCCCACAAAUGAGCAGAAGUUUCAGUAAGUCUGCCAGUGGCAACAGUGGGACCAGGAAACGAUGAUGUACUACCUGGCACUUUCUAUUUCUGACAGCAAUGAAGAAUUUGUAUUGCCUUUUUUUUU